GUUUGCGACAUCGACAAAACACAUCACAGCUGACCAAGAGGGAGGAGGCUGCUGCUGCUGCUCCUCGCACACACAUUAUCCUCUCUCCUCCUGGUCCAGCCCAGCCCACCGCCUCCUCCUGCACCUUGAUGAUGAGCGAGGGACGCGACGCCGACGAGGACGUGCUGGGGGACUACUGGGUGACCUCGUGGGAGCAGCAGACGGUGCAGGAGCUGGAGAGCGAGGCAGACCACCAGCAGCACCUUCACGCAGAGGCCGAUGCCGCCACAGAGAAGAUGUGGGCCCUCUUUCAGAGUGCUGCUCAGUGUGUGGCUGUCAUGUAUAAAGGUGCAGCAGACAGCCAGCACUCUAUGUGGGUGCCCUUUCAGACUGCUGCUGGUCACAUCACUGCUCUUUAUAAAGAUGCAGUAGAGUCUGUUCGUCGAAGUGGUGAGAUUGGCGUCCAGGCUGGAUAUCAACGUCGCAAUAGAGAAGUACUUAAUUGGGCUCGGCGGAGAAGACACAUUCGUCGGGAAGAAUUAAUAGCAUUCUUAGCGGGGAAACCACCUCCCCACAGAGCCCCGCAUUUGAGAGGAUCUCCUCGUACUCGUAUCUCCCUGGAGCGCAUGAGUCCUCGUCUACCAAGUCCUCAUCACACGCACAUGCACUCUCAUGCUCACACUCCAGAUCCAGAUCUCAAUACUUUCAGGGAAGCUCUUGGAAUAUCAGGUCAACCUGGUUUAAAUGUACGCCCACCCCCAGUUGGGUCACCUACUCUCUCCUCACGACGCCGAAACUCUGCUCAUUUGCCAGAGUUGCAGGCUUUUAUUUGUGACGAAAUUGCAAGAAAUAAGCGACCAGCCCCCUCCUCUUCCCCAACGCACGAUGUGACUAUGGAUUCACCACAGCACAAACGUUCUCGUUAUACCUAAGAACCUAUUGUAAGCUAGAUAAGUUUUCCGUUAAAAACCUAUUUCAGUGUGCCUAAGAAUCAAUAUUUCAGCGGGUAAUUUUUUUUAUGGAAAGAAUGUGCAACAAAAAACUGACUAUUUACUGUUUGGAUUGUGAAUCAUUAGGUUAAGAGCCUAAUAAUGUAUAUCUCAGGUGAUUUGUGGGAGUCAUUGUAAAACAAGUAUUGGUUCAACAUGCAAAAUGUUGUAUGCAUUAGUCAAGUGAGCUCAACUUGACUGAAAAUUUGAUCAUUUUUUUGACACAUUAAAUUACCAUCAUUCAAGUUAGGUGAUCAUCCAGCCAUUAGUAUUCCCGGUGGAGUUAUAUGUAAGAUACAGCCAGUUUGUUCUUCAUGCCCAAGACAGUGUGUGUAUUAAAUAUAGACCAAAAAAAGUUUGUGCCUAUUGUAUAUAGUUUUGAAGCUAAUGUUUGAGAUGCUGAGCUGAACCUCAAAUUUCAAACUGCACAAAAUACUGAAUAUUUUCAAGUAAUCCCACAAAGCGCCUAAUUAAUGGCAUGAUUUUACUUCACGUUGUAUAGUUGUUAACAGAAAAAUUACUAAACAAAUAUUACGGGGGUGAAAUGUAAAUGCCUAAUUUGUUCAGACUAAGAAUUAUCCAAACAAUUUAUUUGACCAAUUUAGGGAAAGCUGCUUAGUUGUGCAUACAGUAUUGUGAAAUUAAGAGGGUCAAGGAUGCAAAUACAUCGACAUGCAGAACAUUUAAAUAGCUUGAAUCAUAUUUCAUGUCAUCACUCAUCCUGUUGCAUCCUUGAUGCUUAAAGGUUUUUGUUUCAGUGUUUGGUCAUUACUUAUAACUUCCUGUGACACUGCAUAUUCUUAGACAAAGGGCCUGUUACCGAUCCAUAUAUAAAUUAAAACUGCAGUAUUAAUCUGCUAAUGAUAUGCAACUCAAGCUAAGAUCCUUUAAAGAGCUUUAUUUUCCAAGACUAAGCUUAAUUAAUAGUUGAUGACUGAUUGGGAGAUGACCUAUUGAUGUGGGAGGAUAACAGUUGAUGAACAAGUCUGUCAUGUCCUUGUACUAUGGUACCAUUCAAUUCAAUUCCAUAAUAGCUGCAAGUGUUUUUUGUAGUGUACACCCAAUACUGUGAUAAAUAUGCAUCAAGUUUGAGUAUGUGUAAAAGGAGCUGCUACUUUUUAUAAAGUUAUCCUAGUGCGUACGAUUGGAGCGCAGUAUAUACACAACAUUAAUUGUCAAAUAUCAGAUUAAGCGUGUGGUGUGUAAACAUAAGGACCUGUGGUAUAAUGAUUUUCUUGACCAUUUUGUUGCUGCUUGAGCGUAUAUAUAUAGUGGGAUUUAUCUUGUGUUGUGCUGGUAUAGUCAGCCUGAAGAAUUUAUACAGCUGUUAGUUAUGCUAUUACAAUUAAGUUUAAACUACUUGUAUAUAUGUUUGUUCAUAAAUGGCAUUAAGAAAAGUCAUAUAAUACAGUUUUUGGUUAAUGACUUGUUUCAUGAGAUGACUAACUGUUGUCUACUGAAUUCUGCUUGUUUGUCUUUGUUGGUUAUGAUCUUGUUUACUAAAAUAAAUGAAUAUGAAAAAAGUCCUGUGUGUAAAAUAUUCAAGCAGUGUGUGUGUGUGUGUGUGUGUAUGGGCAUUGGAAAACUAUAUAAAAAGUAAUUUCUCAAAUUUACUGCAUUGUGGCAAACUAAUGUUCGACUGUUAUGAUUUUAUUAGAAAAUGUGAUAGAGCACUUGCAGAGGGUUGCACAUACACUACGUAAGCAAACUGUGACUAAAUGGUUUCCAAAUUGUGCAGUGGCGUCCAUUACAAAACAUAUGGAUAUAUUUUGUUAUACAGCACAAUACUAUUCUUUGUGCACAAUUUGACCUGAAGGAAAAGUUAUCCAAGUAGCUCUUGUUAUUAUAUUUGAUAAUAAGAUAAAAACCCACUCUUGUUUAUUUGUGAACUUUAUGUUAUGUCAGGAAUUUACACAAUCUUUUGCAUUCCUGCUUUAUCAAGGUCUGAGUGUGUGAUUAGGACAAGACUUACAUCUUAAUGUCUCAGGAGGCUGCUAUCCUAGGUCCAAUCCUCUUAUCCUGCUUGACCGCCGGACCAUUUCACCUCUAUUCCUGACUGGUGAUGUCUCCUAUGAAAAUAUGGUCGUGUGUCCUUUCUGUUAUCUUGCUAUUCUGGGAACUGGAGUUAUUAAUUUUGUUCAUCUGGAUGCUAUCCCUCGUAACCCUCUCCAUGCCCGAAGGACUGCUUUCAUUCAUCCAUUCAUUGAGAUCUAACUAACAUUUAAAAUGCAUGAAUGAAAGCAGCCCCGUGAGCCACAUUCCAUCAGGUAUGGAGAGGGUUACGAGGGAUAGCAUCCAGAUGAAACGCCUAUUAAUAACAACUCCAGUUCCCAGAAUAGCAGGAUAACAGAAAGGACAUACAACCAUAUUUCCGUAGAAGACAUCACCGCAGUUACAUCACCAGUCGGGAAUAGAGGGGAAAUGGUCCGGCGGUCAAUAAGGAUAAGAGGAUUGGACCCAGGAUAGAAGCCUCAUUAGAUGUUGAGAUGUAAGUCUUGUCCUAAUCGUACACUCAGACCUUGAUAAAGCACUCAGGAGAAACCGAAAGACUUGAUGUAAAUUCCUUAUGUCGAUUUCACAAAUAUACAAGUGUAUGGGUUUUUAUCCUGUGUUAUUAUGUCUUUUAGAAGACAUUACCAUUACUAAUAGUAGAUAAUCAUUUAACUGAUGAAUACAUAACUACUAUAUGUAAUGAAUAAUUGGUAUCACUGGAUGAUUAUAAGUAUAAUCAACAUAAGAAAAAAAGGCUAAGCUCUGAUGUGUAACUGGACAUUGAACAAUUUUAAAUGACAUUAAAUUCUAAGGGUAAGAGGAUCGAAGCAACAUGAUAAUUUUUCUCUAGAUGCAUGUAUGAAAGCUGUAAACAAGUAGUAAUUAAGGAUUUUUCAGUGAUGCACUUUGUAUGCAAAACUAGUCCCAUACAGGAGUUUUGCUUAACCUGUACAUGCUUUUCAUAUCCCUGAUCUGACCUAUUAAACACACUCUUUCCAACCAUC